CCAAAAAAACGUGGUAAUUUAAAGGUUAUGUUGCUAUUUUGUCGUCUCUCCGUCACAUUUUUUCAGAAAAAAAUAAUUUGUUAUGAAAAAUAUAAUAUUUAGUGAUAAUAAUUGUAUUAAAUAAUAUUUAAAAUGAAAAAUAAACCCGUACGACAUAAGGAAACUAAUACUUUUAAGUUUAAACCGUUUUCGGAAAGGGUAACACAAAUCGAUGUUGACGUAUUUCAUCGAGUCUCACAUCGUUAUGAAGAUGACACCGAGGAAGAAACACAUUUUUAUCAAGCAUUGCAAAAAUGGAAUGUUCUUAAUUUAUCGGAAAUUUAUGGCAAUCUCAAAAAAGAAUGUCGAAAUAUAAUUACUUUACCUCAAUUGCUGAAUAGUCAGCAACAUGUAAUUGACACGCUUUUGAAAUAUUUAAAAUUGAAAGACCCUCUUUGCUUACAAACUGUUUUAGAAUUAAUCGUUGCAGUUGCAAGAGAUUUACAAAAAGAAUUUUAUCCACAUUUUCCCGAAUUUUUAACAGCUAUUAUCGAUAUUUUAUGGACAAAAGAUGCCGAUCAACUUGAAUAUACUUUCACAACACUUGCUUAUUUAUUCAAAUUUUUGUGGCGUUAUUUAAUACGUAAUGUGGACAAAAUUUUUAAUUUACUAUUACCUCUUUUGUCGGAAUCGCGACCAUUUUAUAUAAAUAAUUUUGCCGCCGAAAGUUUUUCAUUCGUCGUUCGUAAAGUUAAGGAUAAGGAGAAUUUUUUGAAAUUAGUUUUAAAUACUCUUGAAGAAACAUCAAAUGGCAUUCAAGGUUGUGGGAGAUUAUUAUUCGAAGUCAUUGCUGGUAUUUCUGGUCAAUUUCAUUCAUGUGCCGAGGAAUUAUUGUCCCUUUAUUUUGAAUCACUUCAAAAUGAAGAGCUAAAUCAACAACUUUUGUUUCAAGUUUUAAUGGAAAUUAUCAACAAUAUUCUACAAACGAUUAAUUAUAAAAAAUCCGAUGUUCUAUGGAUGGUUAUUCUAAAAGUGACGGACAAAUUUAUAGAGCAGCAAUCACAUUUUCAAAAAAUAUCACAAAGAGAAAAUCCAUUGAUUAUGAUUCUUCGACUUAUGUUCAAUUUAAUUGAUCAAAAAGGUGGAAAAUUUGUGAUAGAUCCCAUGAAUCUUGGACGAAAAUUUGUGGAGAUAAUUACUGUUUUUGAAAAUAAUCCCGCAAUUUUGGAAGAGGUUCUUAAAAAUUCAACAUCUUUGCUACGAGCCACGAGUGUUAAUAUCAGUCAAGAAACUGGAAGUUAUUUGGUAUUGAAAAUUUUAUCAAUUCAAUAUACGGAAUUGUUGCUUAACACGAUUGAACAAUUAAUUUCUUUUUCAUCAUUUGAAACUUUGAUACUACCACGUUUGAUGAAAAUGAACAUUGAAAUGGAAUUUAAGAGUAAAUAUUUACGUCUAUUGGCAAAAAUUAUCAAAAUUAAAACUCCUCCAAUCGAUGGAAUUCAGGGAUGGAAAAAAUUCCCUUUGAACAUUAAUGAAAAAUCCUUGGACAUUAAUUAUAUUCGGGAAAAAAUGAAAAGUUUAGAAAACAACGAACCAUCGAAUGAGGGAAUACAAAUUUUGCUAAUUCUUCCUCAUCUGUGUCCACUUAAUUCAGAAAUUGAAUCCGAUUUGUCCGAAAUUAUUUCAAUACUCUACGAUAAACUUUACAGUGAAAAUAACUUAAAUUUAGAAUUUGUAAACAAAUUUUCAUUUUUAUUUCUCCUGGCAUUGGAUUCGUUGAUUCAUAUAAAAAAUCCAGAUUUCAUUUACGAAUUCCUCACUAAAAUAAAUUUAUUUCAAUUGUGCGAAAAAUACAAAAAUCAACCAUCGAUUUUAAAUUCUUUGGAUCUUGUUCUAACUUAUGUAUCUGAAUCACAGUCAAAGGAAAAAUUUAUCAACGAAACAACUUUUGACAAUUUACACAAAUUUUUAACAGAAAAUUUAAGAUCAGAAAAUCCUCGUUUAAGAUCAACAGUGUCACAUAUUUUUUCUCUAUUCUCAAAAAAUGACAAUAAAAAUGUUUUUGAACUUAUUUAUUUAGCUGAAAAUGAACCAGCUACAGUUCAUAAAUAUAGAGAGAAAUUAUUACACCUUCAGGCUUUAAAUUUCGAUGGACAAGCAUUAAAUUCACUUGAUCCUAUUUAUUACGAUAUACCAUUAAAUUAUUUAAUUGGCAAUUUUUAUUUAAAUUUCUCUCUCAUCUGGGAACCAUGUGGAAAAAUUUUAUCCUCUUAUGCCAAUAAACAAUGUCCACAAUUUUGGACAAUUUUUCUUUCUCAAUUAAAAAUGGAAAAUAAAAAUUCACAUUCUUAUAAUUUAACAAUAAAUUGCGACAUAAUUUCAUCGCUGGAGAGGAAAAUUUGUGUAAGUGAUGAAAAAAUUGAUUACGACAAUUAUAAACUUCAAUUGUGGAAAUCGAUGUCAAAUUUUGCCGAUUAUUGUGAGACGAAAAAUCGCGAUUUAACUGUGAUGUUUAUUGAUUUUGUUGAUAGGUUUGUUUUCAAGUCGAACAGCGAUGAUGGAAAGUCGUGUAAUAUUGAAAAAAGAGAGGAAGAAGCAAAAGAAGAAGAAGAAGAUGAAGAUCAAGAAGAAGAGGAAGAUACAAAAGAAGAGGAAAAUACAAAAGAAGAGCAAAAUACAAAAGAAGAAGAAGAAAAAGAGAAAGAUGAAAAUAAUGAAGAAGACGAAAAUACGGAAACAAAAACAGAAAAUAAAAUUGAAAAUUUGCACAUGAAAAUGAAAAUAAAACUUCUUUUGGCACAAAUGGAAAUUUUCACAAAAGUCGUGAAUCCAAAAUCAUUUUACCGCGAGACGGAGAUGAGUAAAAUUUAUCUCGAUUUACUCUCGUCAAAAAAUGCAGAAAUUCAAAAAGCGGCUUUAAAUUGUCUCUUUGCGUAUAAGCACAAAUAUCUCCUUCCUUAUAAAGAACAUUUAAGUAAUUUUGUCGACGAGAAACAAUUAAAAAAUGAAUUAACCCAUUUUAAAAUCACCAAAGACGAAAGUAUGAUUGACAAUAAUCAUCGUGAUGAUUUAUUUCCAAUACUCAUGCGAAUUAUAUAUGCAAAAAUGACAACACGCGUUGGAAUGAGAACAGGUGGUAAAUCCGGUGGACUUCAUAGGCGAAAAAUGAUUCUUCGUUUUCUUGCUGGCGCCGAGGAGAAAGAAAUGUUCACAUUUGUUCAAAUGGCAUUUAAACCAUUUCUCAAUCAACUUUUAUCAUCUGUGGAAAAAACGGAUAAUUUACAAAAAUUUAUCAAUGAAAUUAUUGAAAAUAUUGAUCUCACAAAUGUUAUACCACCAAAACGUUUACAAAGUGCCGUGAAUCUUCUUGCAAUUUUAAUUGAACAAUUCGGUGGUAAAAUGAUGAACAAACUAUUACCACAUCUUUUGAGAAUUCUUUUGACAAUUCUCGCUCAAGUCACGGGAAUUAUAAAUAAAUCGAAAAAUGUUCAUUCAGGAUUUUUGUCAUCUAUCAGAAAUGUUAGAACAAAUUCUAUUAAUAUUCUAGCAAGAUUUUUUGUUCAUUUUGAAAAUUAUCAAUGGACAACAUCGGAAAUUGAUGCAUUAUUCACAGUCGGUGUAUUUCCAUGGUUGGAAAAAUUGCCAAUUGAGGGAAUUCACAGUCCAACGCCAUUAUUAAAAAUGUUUUUAGCUUGGAGUCAAAAUUCACGUUAUUUUUCACUAUUAAUAAAACAUAAAGAGAAUGAUGAAAAAUUUAUGCCAUUAAAUUUUAUUAUAAAAUUACUUUUAGGGCCAAAAAUACAUUUAUCAGUUGCUAAUACAAUUUUGGAAAUGAUUGAAAAAAUGUUAACAUUGCAGGAUCAUGAAAAAAAUCAAAUGGAAAUUGAUGAUGAUGAUAAUGAUGAAAGAGUUGAAUCAUUAAAUUCCGUGGCUUCAAAUAUUUUGCAAAUAAAUUACGAUUCCUUACCAAAAGGAAUAAAUUAUGGAUCAGCAAUUAUUUUACCGCAUGUUACAUGUAUUUUGGAAUUUAUGCGAAUAAAAUUGGAGAAAAGUAAAAAAUUCAAUAAAGGAGUAAGAAAAACAGAUUUGACGAUUUUGUCAAGAAUUUCUGAAUUUGUGACAAAUAGCGAGACGAGUGAUACUUUACUAUCAUUAUUGGUACCGAUUUUAAUUAAAAAAUCAUCACUCGACGAAUCUGAGGACGUUUUACUUGAUCUUUUAACAAUUAUCAUAAAUUUAAGUAAACAAGUUGAAAAACCCGAGCAACAUAUACGAUUAAUUUUACCAUUAAUUGGUUCAAUUUCAUCGGUAGCGGCGAGAAAAAAUCUAAUCAAUUUGUUUAAUAUAAUUGCCAAUAAUUCAACAGAAAAUAAAGAUGAAAUGCUUCGUGAAUUUGAUUUACUCACUUCACUCAAUGCCUGGGACAAUAAAUGGGUUGAUCAACCGGAUUUUGAAAAAAGAUUAGAAACAUUCUCGACAAUUAAAAAUCUCAUUGAAAAAAAUUCCCUUUCCCUUGAAUUUGGCGUUGCUGUAAUUUACAAUUGUUUCUUUUUUCUUAAAACCGACAAUGAUUUAGCAAUUCGUUAUAGUUGUGCCGAAUGUUUAAAAUUAAUAAGCAAACAAUUGGCCCAAAAUCACAAGGAUAAUUCAAUAAAUCGACGAUAUUUGAUUGAGGACACAAUUCUUGGGAUUGUACGUAAAAAUAUACGUACUAAAAAUGAAAAACUUCGUUUGGAUUUAAUUUCAUUUUUAGGUUACAUGGCAAUGGAAUGUUCGGAUGUUGAUCCAAUUUUAAGGGAUUUAUCACAAUUAACAAAUAAACUUGAUCCGGAAGUUGAUUUUUUUGAAAAUCUUCAACAUUUACAAUUACAUCGUAAAGUUCGUGCACUUUUGAAAUUUUGCACUGUAUCAAAAACAUUGAAAAAAGCACCAAAUCCAAAAACAUUGACACAAUUUAUUUUACCACUUGCUGCAUCAUAUUUGUGUAAUGAGGAUUUUUUAAAUAAAAAUUCAAUAGUCGAUGCCGCUAUCGAAGUUGUUGGUACAGUUUGUAGAUUAUUGCCCUGGCAUCAAUAUGAAAUUAUUCUAAAAUUCUAUCUUGAUAAAAUGCGACAUUCGCAUGAUUUUCAAAAACAGAUUAUAAAAAUUAUCGUUGUUAUUUUAGAUGCUUUUCAUUAUGAUCUUUCCAAGUAUAAAGUAAAUUCAAAUGAAAUUAUUCCAAUAAAUACGGAUAAUGAGGAGAAAAAAGAAAAUUUGGAUAUUGAUAAUGAGGAAGAAAAUUUGGAUGAAGCGCUACAAAAAUCUGAAACAAUUGAAACAGAAGAAACUGAGCCAGAAGAAUCGGCAGAGAUAUUUUUUAUUGAAAAAGAAACAGUUCUAUCGAGUUACAUGGCAAGGAGGCUUAUUUUCAAUAUUUCAAAAAUCUUUCUCCCACAGUUGAAUCGUGCAAUUGUUGCAAGAACACAACAUGAAAAUAGUCAUAAAAUAAAUCGAAAACGCACUGGCUACGAUCGUGAAGAAGAAGAAUUAAUGCGAGUUCCCGUUGCACUUGCAUUUGUUAAACUUUUACAAAAAUUACCCGAAUCAAUGCUCGAUUCAAAUUUACCUGGAAUAUUUAUGAAAAUUUGUACAUUUUUAAAAUCACGUCUCGAAUCAAUUCGAAGAACAACGAGAGAAGUUUUACAAAAAAUUAUGAUCACUUUAGGUCCAUCAUAUUUACAUUAUCUUUUACGUGAAAUGAAUACAUUAUUAACAAAAGGUUUUCAAAUUCAUGUUCUUGUAUUUACAAUACAAACGGUUUUAGUCUCAUUGAAACCCUAUUUAAAACCCGAGUAUGCAAAUAAAAAUCUCACGAGUAUUCUCUCAGUUUGUAAAAUUGAUCUCUUUGGAUUGACAGCCGAUGAAAAGGAAGUUGCGGGAAUUAUUAAAAAUGUCUCCGAGGCAAAAUCAACAAAAAGUUAUGAUAUUUUUCACAUUAUGGCGGAAUUUAUCAGCGAAACAUGUUUAAUUGACAUUAUUGUGCCAUUGAAGGAAGUUUUAUUAAAAUCACAUUCACAUAAAAAAUUAUACAAAGUCAGUGAAUGUUUAAGACAAAUUUGUCUUGGUUUGGCUGAUAAUAAAUUUAUUGAUAUCAAAUCAAUGACAAUAUUUCUUUAUGGAAUUGCAUCCGAGAGUAUUCCUGAUCUUUUACCAAAAAAAGUGGAAAAUAAUACGCCAAGUGAGAAAGAAAUAAAAGCACGUGUAUUUAAGAGACCGGAUAUAUUUUUAAUUGCACCGGCGCCAAAAAGACGAAUGUGCGAGAAAAUAAUGGCAAAAACAACAGAAAAUGCAAAUGCACAUUAUUUAGUUGAAUUUGGUUUACGUUUAAUGCAUAUUUUUUUGAAAAGAGAUAAAUUCACUGGUGUUGAUUUCAAGCCACUUUUAAAUCCAUUUGUUUAUAUUUUGAACGACAGUCUAAAAUCGCAACACGUUAAGAUUUGCACAUUGAGUUUACAGUGUCUUAAUUGGAUAUUAAAAAUGGAUCUUCCAGCGGUUCACGAAUUAAUAUCAGAAAUUUGCUCCUCAAUAUUCAGUAUUCUUCACAAAUUUGCAGUAGCCGAUUUAAGUAAAGGAGAUAAUUAUGAUUUAGUAAUGUCAGCCUUUAAAUGCGCUUCAGUGAUUGUUCGCGAUGUAAAACAUUUUACAAUAAAUGAAGAUCAAUUAAAAUUACUAAUACUCUAUGCAGAGCAAGAUCUUCACGAUAGUGAAAAACAAGCAACGGCCUAUGGACUUUUACGUGCGAUUAUAAAUCGUAAAUUAAUUGUACCCGAGAUGCAUGAAGUAAUGAAAAAAGUAGCAAUACUCAUUGUCACAUCAGAAUUGGAUCACGUUAAACAACAAUCGCGACAAAUUUUCUAUUCAUAUUUAGUUGAUUAUCCAUUGGGUAGAAAAGUUCAGGAACAUGUGGAAUUUUUUGUAACUCAAUUAAAUUAUGAAUUACAACCAGGACGUAUGAGUGUAUUGGAAAUGUUACACAGUAUUGUAAAGGGUUUUCCAAUUAAGGUACUAAUUAAGCAUGCUGUUUAUUUAUUUGUCGCUAUUGGUAUUCGAAUUAUUAAUGACGAUGAUCCAAUGUGUAAGAAAUUGUGCGCAAAAUGUAUACAAGAUAUGUUGGAGAGAAUGCCGAAUAAUAAACGAAAUGAACUUUUUGAUAUUGUCACAGUAUCGUUGAAGGAUAAAAAAAUGACACACAGAAGUUUGGGUGUACAACUUUGUGGUUUAUUUGUACUUGUCGAGAAGGAGAAAUUUGAAAGAAGAUUAAAUGAUUUGUUACCACUUUUAUUGAAACAAUUUUAUAAAAGUGAUAUCGAUGAAACGAAACCGGGACGUUUUGUAAAAAUUCAUAAAAUUGAAGAUAUUUCUGGAGAUGUUGGUAAAGAUAUCAAAGAUCUAGAGAGAUUACGUGAUCAUCAUUUAAUUCGCAUUUUUCAUUUAUUGGUAAAAUUAUCCUCCAAUUGUACCGCUUUUCUCAAGGAUAAGAAAUUUAACGAUCAUAUUCAUUCCUUUGCAGAUCAGAGUCAAGCGCAAUUGGCACAUCCGCAUUUGUGGGUACGAUUGGGAGCGAGUCAAUUUCUUGAAUUUAUUCUCGCCGCGACUGAUAUUGAGAAAGUGGAAAAACUUUUGCUGAAUCCUGACGAUAGUGAAUCGGGUUAUAUUUAUUCGGAUCCGGUGAAUACAAUAAAAAGUUUAACACUCGAUUUGAUUGCACAAUUAUAUCCCGAUAUGAAUGUGGAGGAAUUAUCGGAUCAAGUGGUCAAAAAUUUGAUUUUUAUUGCAAGACUCUUGAAAUCUGUGACCACAAUUCGAAAUAAAAAUGAAAAUGAAACAGAAACGGAAACUGAUAAAACAAAUCCGUUAUCGCUUCUUUGGUUGGUGAAGAAAAUGAGAAGAUCUGUUAAUAUGGAAGUGACACAAUCGCCAAAAUCAACUUGCGUUAGACAUUCAGUUUUCAAAUGGAUUGCUGGAAUUGUGAGUACAAUUCCAAUGGAUAUUUUGAGACCACUUUUAUUUAAUUUGCUAUCGCCACUGGUGCGAGAAAUGGCAACAACUGAAGAGUCAAAUGCUCCUUUACGUCAAUUGGCGAAAGAAGUUUCCGUCAUGAUAAAAAAGAGAUUGGACAGCGAGGAAUAUAUUCAAUUAUUGAGUAAAGUUCAACAAAAAAUUGAUACCAGGAAAACGGAGCGAAAAAAAAUACGUAAACAACAGGUAAUAACGGAUCCUGAAUUGGCGGCAAAAAGAAAAAUUUCCAAACAACAAAAGAAAAAAGUCGCAAGAAAAAGGAAAAUUGAAUGUCUCAAGGGAAAGAAAAUUUCGCGAAAGAAACCACGUAGGGAAAUUGAUCUUGAGAUGGGAUAAAUUUUUUACUUAGAAAACAAAAUGUAUUUUUAUUUAUUCUACGGAAUUUUUGUACAUAAUAAGUAAGUAAUAAAGUUUUAUUAUUAAAA